AUGGAAGAAUCAGUGUAUAUGGAAUUUGCUCAAUGUCUUUUUAAAAAUGAAAUUGAACAAGCUCUAAUCAUUGUAGCAGAUAAAAUGAUUAAAAAACAUGUACCAAUAUUAAUAGAAGAAAUUGAUAAUAAUGAAAUCAUUCAAAAUAUCAUUAAUAAUUUAGAUGAUGAAAAAUUUAAAAAUAUUCAACAUCUUCAAAUAAUAAUGUUUGGAAAUAAUGAAAAUUAUUCAGAAGAAUUAUUUUCCAUAAUACAACCUGUUAAUUUUGAUGAUUUUCAACAAAUUAUUAAAACAGUAUUAGAUAAUAAUAAUGUUUAUGGAAUGGAUUAUAAAACCAUAUUUGUAUGCAUGAUUGAAAAAUAUAAACAUGAUCAAAUUCAUCGUCUCUCAUUAUUCACUCAACUUGGUAUUGCUCUACCAUUUGCAUACAAAUGGAUAAUUAAUGAAAAAUUAAUAUUUAAAAUACCACUUCGAGCUUAUUCACAUCUUUUUGCAAUUGAUUGUCCAUUUGUCAUCUCAUUAGGUUCAAAUUCUAUUGAAUUACCAAAUGAGCAAAAAGAAAAAUUUACUAAUAUUGAAAUAAAACAUAUUUUAUCAAUUUCAAAAAUUGAAGAUAAUAAUGCGGCAUUUGCUUCAAAUUUAGAAAUUUUAAAAGAAAAUAUUUUUGAAAUAACUGGAAUAGAUUACAAUGUUUAUAUGGAAAUUGAAAAUCAUAUAUGUAAUCAAACUUUUAAUGAUAUUCAUAUUGAUAUUCAAGAUGAUAAUUCAAAAAAAUUUUCUAUCAAUAUUGAUAAACAAUUGGAAAAAAUUGAUAGAAAUAUGGACAAUAUAGAAUUAUUUUUAUUUAAACAUGUUAAUACAAAUAAUAAAAUACAAUGUGAACGAAAGAAAAAAGUUGAACUUGUUGGAAAAGAUCCAGAAAUGAAACAAACUAAAUUAACCGAAAUUGAUAAAAAAAUCGAGGAUUUUUCGAAAAAUAAAGCAUCGACGUUUCCAAAUGAUUUAGUUUAUGAAUAUAAUGAAUUAUUUAUACAACAAGAUUUUCAUUUAAUCAAUGAAAUGGAUAAACGAGUAACAUGUACAAAAGUUAUUGAAGAACUUAAUAAUAAAAAUAAUAAUUCAAAUUGGAAUAUGAAAAAAAAACAAAAUACAAAAUUAAUCGAUAAUAAAACGAUUAAUAAAGAUUUUUUUAUGAGAGAAUUAUUAGCUAUUUAUGGUGAUGAACAAUUUUUAGCUAAACAAGAUAAUAAUAAUAAACAACAAUUUAAAUAUGCUCAUCAUAUUAAUUCAUAUGUUGAAUAUAUAACAAAAGGAAAUGAAAUUGAAAUUAUUGAUGGUGAUAAUAAUGAAUUUAAUUCAAAAAUUGUUUCUGAUAGUUUUAAAGGACUUGAUAUGAAACUUGGUCUUGUCGAUAAAGAAUUAUUAUUUGUUGUUUCAGUAAUUGGACCACAAAGUUUAUAUGCAUCACUUUUUAAAACAAAAUAUCCAAAUUCAAGUAAAUUAUUAGUACUUGAUACUGAAGGACUUUUAUCUAUUGAAAAAGGAAAUGAAGAAUAUGAUAAAACAUUAACGGUAUUUUCAAUGGCAUGUUCACAAAUUAUGCUUAUAAAUUUAAAUGGAGAAUUAAAUUCAUCAAUGAAAAAAAUUUUAACUGUUAGUUUAUUUGCUGCUAAUCAAUUAAAAAUGUUUAAUUCUCGUCCAAUUAUUAUGUUUAUAUUAAGAAAUAUGAUGAAUUUAGAUGUUGGAUUACAAAAAGAAAUGAUUACUAAUAUAUAUCAAAUGAAUUAA